AUGGACGACCUUCCUAUUAUGAGCCCUCGCACCCCGACUGGCCCAAUGGGCUGCUUGAACUAUCCUCCGGAAAUUCUGAACCAGAUUUAUCACGAGCUCUUCGUCGACGAUAGCCAGGUCCUAUGCUUCCUCUGCUCUACAGAUCCGGCCUUGCACACGAUUGAUUUGAAACAGGCGGUCAACACGUCUCAAACUUCAAGUACCUGUGAUUUAGACUGGACUCACCUUUACGAUGCCCGGUAUUACGUCGACAGCAAAGGCCUUUCAGCGCAGUUUCUCCGUGUCUGCAAAAGAAUUUGGAGAGCAGGUACCGGGGUGCUCUACGGAAACCUGACGAUCGCCAUGCGAUGGACACCAAAACCAGAUCCUUGUCUAGGCCCUUUUUUCCGACGCAAUACCCAAUAUGUUCUUGCCUGCGCCAAGGUUAUUUAUCCUCGGAGCAGCGAGCCGUGGCCCAUAGUCAGCAAGGAAAGGAAUCCGUUCAACAUUUUGCACUGGGGUGUUGCGCACCCCUCAGAAAGUUGGGAACUGGACAGACAAACAAUGAGACGGGUACGCGAGAAGAGAUUGUCCGAGACAGGCAGGAGGAGUCUCAGAAUCAGGGCCAGAUCGGCCAGUUUUUGA